AUGGAAGGGGGCGCGUAUGGAGCGGGCAAAGCCGGGGGCGCCUUCGACCCCCAGACCUUCUUCCGGCAGCCUCACACCGUCCUGCGGGUGCUCUCCUGGGUGUUCUCCAUUGUUGUCUUCGGCUCCAUUGUGAAUGAAGGUUACCUGAACAGCCCCACUGAGGUGGAGGAGCAUUGUAUCUUCAACCGCAACCAUAACGCCUGCAACUAUGGCAUCACCGUGGGCGUCCUCGCCUUCCUCAGCUGCCUUCUCUACCUGGCUCUGGACGUCUAUUUCCCACAGAUCAGCAGCGUCAAGGACCGCAAGAAGGCAGUGCUCUCGGACAUCGGAGUCUCUGCCUUUUGGGCAUUCCUCUGGUUUGUUGGCUUCUGCUUCCUGGCCAACCAGUGGCAAGUUUCAAAGCAUGAGAACAACCCGCUGAAUGAGGGGGCAGAUGCAGCCCGAGCAGCCAUCACCUUCUCUUUCUUCUCCAUCUUCACCUGGGUGGGCCAGGCGUUUCUGGCGUACCAGCGCUACCGGAUUGGUGCCGACUCGGCCCUCUUCUCCCAGGACUACACGGACCCAAGCCAGGACUCCGGCCUGCCUUACGCCCCCUACACGAACGAGGACGAUGCCACAGACACGGUGGGGACGUACCAGCAGCCCCCUCCGGUAGACGCUUUUGAUGCUGAGACGCAGGGGUACCAAACGCAGAACUACUGA